UCCUGAUGGUUUUGCCCAGCGCUGUGAGCUGCGCGCGCCCUUGCCAUUGGGCUAGGGAGGCGCCGACCCCGCUCGGAAGUGUAACCCAGGGCUGGUUUUGCCGCUCAGCGGGCAGAUGGGCGCUAGUGACACGCUGAGAAGGAUGAAGCCUAUAUCCACCGAGCCCACUGUGCGCCGGGCGCCGAGAUGGCCGCGACUCCCUGCGGCCUCCAAGAACCACAGGGUCCUCUCGAGCUCCCAGGCCCAGCUCGCCAACAGGUGCGCGGUUCAAGGCCAGGGGAUCGGGACCACCCUCGGACCCAGCGGGUCAAACAUCCGAGAGGCCAGAAGCCAGCUUCCAGCUCUGGGUGACGGGGUGCGGGCUAAGUGGGAGCCUGAUUGCAGGGAUGGGACGUGUGUGUAUGUUCCGGAGUGGAGGCUCCAGCAGGCAGCUCAGAGAAUGGCCGCACGGAGCUCAGCUCCCCAGAUGGCCUCCCCAAGGCUACCCGGCAAAGAGCAAAGGAUCAAGGGACAAGGCGCCAGCAGAGGGAUCGGUGGAGAGUUCCCGCGGCAUCCCUUCAACACUUCCCUCUCCUCAGCUCCCUUUCGAGCCGUUUUUUGGUUUUACACACACCACCUGGGAGAACUGUUAAUGGCGAAUUAGUUAGGGGUCGCUUAGGCGUGGCCAGAAGUUUCUUCCCUCCCCGCCCCCGCGCAUCACGCCUCUUCCACGGAUGACUUGAACUCUGCAUCACGUCUGUCCGAUCCCUAUUUGGGCCGCGGCUUCCGAGCCGCGCUCACCGCCUAGGCGCGCUCCCAGCCGAGGCGCGGCUACAAGUGGGCGCACCGCGCGGACUCUGAUUUAUGAACCAGAGGCUCAUGAGAACCCCAACGCUUUGGCUGGGUUAAUUUUUGUCAUUGUUCCUCAUCAGGUUGAGAUAGUUUGAAGUUUUGAGGCGGCUUUUAUUUAUCACCCCGCACAUUUGAAAUACAGUGGGACAUAAAAAUAACUGACUCUGGGACUCUGGCGCAAUGUUGGAACCGUCGGGGAAUAAUUUGGCUAACUGACUUGGACGUUUCACCUUCUAAACAGAAACGCAGCUCUCAGUCAAACUGUAAAUCAGAAUGUCUUCAGCAGUGGCGGGGUUGGGGGCAGGGAGGGGAGGCACCAAGACCAGAAAGAACGGAAACCGUAAUGAAAGAAAAUGCAGAUAUUGACCCAAGCAACUCAGGCUUCAGAAAGCCGGGCUGGAUUUUUAAUUUCAGGUGUGGAACCUCAUCGGAAAUUUGAAUUCGUAAAUGUUUUGCCAGUGAGAUCGGUCUCCAGAAUUUUAGAAUACCCCAGGAAAUCAGACUUUUUUUUAAAAAAAAAUCUUUUUGUCCGCUUUGUAUCAAUACCAAGCAAUGAAUGAUAGUUUAAGAAACAAACCAACGGAGCACCCAGUUAAGCUUAUUCUGGGUCUAAAUUGAGGUUCCUUUCUAGAGUUGUAAUUAUAAACGGAAACAAAGAGGCAGGGGAUGGCCUGGGAUAGGAUUGGGCGGGAUCACAGCGACUUAAAUUUUGAUAAGGAGAAAUUUCUCUUGCGAUUCCCUUAUUCCCAACUUGCACUGGGUCUUGGGAACGGAAUCUGAGAGCCUUUUCCGCGCCUUGGGGAUUCCUCUCUUCUAUCUGCAAGUCCGCAGCAUUAGAUGCUCAAUUUCUUAUCCCCUCUUAGCACAGAGUGAUCAAAAGCCCCCGCAAAGCGGGGUCAGGAACAGAACAGAAAACCAAUGCAGGCAGCGAGCUACUCAACAACUAAUCACAAAGGAUGCAAAAUACAACCAACUAAAACUUUCCAGAAAGGAAGCAUAUGUUAUUAUUUUGCAUUGUGUCUCCCCCUACCCACUCGCCCUUACCGGCGAUGAAAUGUUUUUGGGUCUCCGGGCCUGGGCAUGGAGAGCAUCCUGGACAUUUCUCUUCUACUAUGGAAAUACAAGUAUGGUUUACAUGCCGCUAACCUACAGCAAUAGCACCUGUAAGCACCCGCUCCACUUUCAAGACAUUUAAACAUGUAAAUAUUUGUUUAAACUCAUUUAAAACCAAAACCAGUCUCAUAACUCCCUUACGAAAUAUCUUCAAAUGAACUGGAAUGAGAAAUCCAUGACUCUUUUUUAAAAAAAU